AUGGACGUCUCGUUCUUAACUAAAAUUGUUCAAAUAAAUGGAACUCAGUUCAAGAUACUACUUCAGAAUGGACAAGGUGCGUGUGCGCUGAUUGCAUUGGCUAACGUUUUAUUGAUCUCACCCGUCCAUGCUCGCUAUGCUCUGGGGCUCUCCAAUCUGGUGAGAAGCAAAGAAACGGUUACGCUUAAUGAGCUUGUGCAAACUCUAGCCGAUAUCGGUGUUCAAAAUCCCAACGGCUCCAAUGUUGAUAGAGAACAGUUAUUACAGAUUCUUCCCCAGCUAUAUAGCGGGCUGAACAUUAACCCGGAAUUCAAUGGGUCUUUCGAAGAUGGAAUGGAAAUGUCAAUUUUCAGACUGUAUAACGUCGGUAUCGUCCAUGGCUGGAUAAUAGAUGGAGACAAUGAUCCUAGCGCUUACGAACAUGUCUCCAAAUAUUCCUAUAUGGGUGCCCAAAAGGCCUUAGUGCAGUCAUAUGAGAUUCAGAAAAACAAUGCUCAAUUUGAAAACGCUGAACAAAUCCAAUCAGACUCAACUUACUUGAAAUCCUUUUUGGCGAGGUCUGCCACUCAAUUGACUGAUUAUGGGUUGAAUCAUCUAAAAGAAAUUUUAGUAGAAAGGUCCUAUGCCGUGCUGUUCAGAAAUGAUCAUUUUUGCACACUGUAUAAGAAUAAUAGCGAACUAUUUACUUUAGUUACCGACCCGACUUACAGAAACCGCAGGGACAUAACUUGGCAAUCGCUGAAGUCUGUUAACGGAUCUCAAGAUGCAUUUUAUACGGGCAACUUUAUUCCUACAAGUCUGGAAAGAACUAAUACAACAACUACAGGACAGAAUGAAUCCUACAUCUCCAACCCCUUUAGUGAUCAGCACGCAGGUAGAGCAGCCAGUGAUCAAGCUAAUAGCGGGGCAAGUGGGGUGCAACAGAUCGAAGAUGAUGAGGAGUUGGCUAGGAGGUUACAAGAGCAGGAAGACAUGCGGGCGGCAAACAAUAUGCAGAAUGGUUAUGCAAAUCGUAGUGGGAACAAUCCAAGAGAAAGAUUUGAAAGACCCGAGAAGCCUUCAAAGAAAAGCAAGUUCCUCUCCCACAACGGAAAUAAAGAUGGUAAAGACAGGAAAAGAGACAAGUUGAAGAAAAGCUGUGUCAUCAUGUGA